UCACUUCAAGAAACGAGCAAGUGGUGGGCCUGAUAGUUUACAUUAGAGAGUGUGCCCUGUACCAAAAUUAACCCCAGGGAGACAGAGGAGGGAGGGGGUCAAAAGAAGACUCUUUGGCAGUGUUUUCAACAGGUCUGGAUUGCGUGAACCAACAAUACUCUGUGCUUUGGAUAAGAAAAACAUAAUUGACUUAUUGUGAUCAGAGCCGUGACCACAGACAGUCUGGAUUUCAUUCCCAUUCAAGGACAUUGCUUUGACAUGGGCCUGAGUUUGGGGCCUGUGUGAGUAACCCACAUGGAUCCAUGCUUAUGGCUUCUGUGCCACUGCUGGAGAUGUAUUCGGUGACAAGAAUCAGUCCAAAGCACAAGCUGCAAUGGGAGACUGGGGCUUGCUGGGAAAGCUACUCGAGAGUGCCCAAGAGCACUCCACAGUGGUUGGCAAGGUCUGGCUGACCGUCCUCUUCAUCUUCCGCAUCCUGGUGCUGGGCACGGCUGCUGAGAAAGUGUGGGGAGAUGAGCAGUCUGGCUUCACCUGUGACACCAAACAACCUGGUUGCCAGAAUGUUUGCUACGACAAGACUUUCCCUAUCUCCCACAUCCGCUUCUGGGUACUUCAGAUCAUAUUCGUGUCCACACCCACACUUAUCUACCUGGGUCACAUCCUGCAUCUGGUUCGGAUGGAAGAGAAACACAAGCAGAAAGAGAAGGAACUCUCACAGCAGGGUGACAACCAGCCUCUCAUUGGUGAAGCCAAAGCCAAGAAGCCUUCAGUGCAUGAUGAGCAAGGCCACAUUCGCCUACAGGGGGAUAUUCUGCGCACAUAUGUCUUCAACAUUGUUUUCAAGACCUUGUUUGAGGUAGGCUUUAUAGUCGCACAAUAUUUCCUGUAUGGAUUUGAACUUAAACCUCUCUACAUAUGCGAUCGGCCACCCUGCCCCAAUCCUGUGAACUGCUACAUCUCCAGACCCACCGAGAAGACUAUUUUCAUUAUCUUCAUGCUAGCUGUAGCAUGCUUCUCACUUCUUCUUAACCUAGUGGAAAUGUAUCACUUGGGUUUCACCAAGUGCCGUCAAAGCAUUGGUUACAGAAAGGACGAGCUGCCGUCUGAGACAUCAUCUAAGGCGCCGAGUGAAGCAGCUGAUCCAUUUGUGCCACCUUAUAACUAUUUCCACCAACCCUCUUAUCAGCCUUCCCCGGGAUAUGUUCCACGCAUUGGUGAUCCAGACUCCUUCCUUCCGUAUAACAGCAGAGCAGUUUGUAAGCAGAACAAAGACAACUUUGCUGUUGAGAGAAAUGGUAAACCAGAGGAAUUUGACCUGAAAAUAAAGAAAGGCUCAGGUUCACCUCCUGGGUCACCGGGGGCUCAACAGAGCAGGCCCAGCCGAGCUGGCAAGUUCAGCAACAAAACCAGGAUAGAUGAUCUGAAGAUCUGACAUUUAUUUUGAAGAUUCUGAGAUAUUCAAAAGAAUCUUUUUGCUUUAAACCAUGGCUUUUGAAGCUUUCAUAAUGGAACAUUAGAAAGUCCUGGUGUAAUUGUUAAAUUUCAUCAAUUAGCGCAAACAUUUUUCCAAAGAUUGUCAGAUUGUCAAAGGUUGUCAGAUUGUUUACAGCUUCCACUUAUGCUGCAAUAAACAUCCCAUUUUGCGACUAUGCCUUCAACGUGUGGUAGUAGUACUAGGGAAGACUGAUUUAAAGAAUUGAGAGAACCCUGAGAACUUGGCCUGGAGUUUUGGGUGGCUUCUGCCUGGAUUUUGAAGGUUGGACUUAUGUGGUAGGACUGAUAUAGGACUGAGGAACAGGAAGGAGAUGGGGUGGUGGUGGGGACUGUGAAAGCUUUAUCAUGUGAAUCAGAAGGUAGAGAUGGAAAUUCAUAGGGCAUUUACACAGGAAGGAGGAAGGGUUUCAGGCAUGGUCCUUGUCCCAAACUUCAGUUAUUUCAAAACUCCAGUAGAGGGUGUUUUUUGUCAUGUCAGUGGUAUUUUUAAAAGACCAUAUGCAAUGGAUAUUCUCAGUUUUGUUACAGUAAAUGGCUUAAAAAAGCCUUUUAUCAUCAUUAAAAUGUCUGACAAACUUUUUAUUUAUAUACUA